GUGACAGAUGGGCAGCGAAAUCUAACCCAGGAGACGCGAUUUUGCGCGUCAUCGUCUUCGUCUUCAUCUUCCCCUUUGUAGUGAGCAAGAAGCAGAGAACAGACACUUUAGCACUCUUGUUUCAGCUCAGCCGCGACCCCCCAACCGCUAACAAUGAACUUCGCGGUUUUGAGCUCCCUCUUUAUCUUCUUCUCCCUUAUCUGCUUUCAAAGGCUAUCAGCUAAAACUCUAUCUAAGAAUGAGGGAAAGCAUGCUUGGUUCCCACCAAGAGGUUGGAACUCCUAUGAUUCCUUCAGCUGGAUCAUCUCUGAAGAAGAGUUCCUGAAAAGUGCAGAAAUUGUUUCACAGCGGCUACGCCCUUUUGGAUAUGAGUAUGUUGUGAUUGAUUACCUUUGGUAUAGAAGAAAGGUGGAGGGUGCUUACACUGAUUCUUUAGGAUUUGAUGUGAUUGACAAAUGGGGGAGGAUGGCUCCUGAUCCUGGCAGAUGGCCUUCAUCCAAUGGUGGGAAAGGGUUCACUGAAGUGGCCCAGAAAGUACAUAGCAUGGGUUUGAAAUUUGGGUUUCAUGUAAUGAGAGGAAUAAGCACACAGGCAGUCAAUGCAAACACCCCUAUUUUAGAUAGCAUUAAGGGAGGAGUUUAUGAAGAGAAUGGUAGACAGUGGACGGCAAAAGAUAUAGCCCUUACAGAAAGGGCUUGUGCGUGGAUGCCUCAUGGUUUCAUGAGUGUAAAUACCAAUUUGGGAGCUGGAAGGGCCUUCUUGAGAUCACUAUAUAAACAGUAUGCUGAGUGGGGUGUUGACUUUGUGAAACAUGAUUGUGUAUUUGGUGAUGACUUUGAUCUAAAUGAGAUAACUGUUGUUUCAGAGGUUCUGAAAGAACUUGAUCGUCCAAUUGUGUAUUCUCUUUCUCCUGGAACCAGGGUGACACCUGCAAUGGCCAAAGAAGUAAAUGGACUAGUCAACAUGUAUAGGAUUACAGGAGAUGACUGGGAUACCUGGGGAGAUGUUGCUGCCCAUUUUAACAUUUCAAGGGAUUUAUCUACUGCUAAUAUGAUUGGAGCUAAGGGCUUGCUGGGAAAGUCAUGGCCUGACAUGGAUAUGCUACCAUUGGGAACACUAACAGAUCCAGGUUCAAAUGAAGGUCCACACAGAAAAUGUAGACUAACUAAAGAUGAACAAAGAACUCAGAUGACUUUAUGGUCUAUGGCAAAGUCUCCACUAAUGUUUGGUGGAGAUGUGAGGGAUCUCGACGAUCCUACAUACGAACUUCUCACAAAUCCCAUCCUGCUGGAAAUAGACUCUUUUAGCUCAAACAACAGGGAGUUUCCUUAUGUCACUGGUAUGAAUGGUCCCAGAACUAGAAAGCAGAUUCUUUCCCAGGGAAUAAGAACAUGCCUGACAAAGGUGGACAAAUCAGACACUCGAGUUUUGGGUCUCACUAGCUGCAAGGAUUCCAAGCCAAAUGGUUGGUCUAUCAAAACUCUUGACCAAGACCUUGCACAAAUCUGCUGGAACGAUAACUCAGGAAGCAGAUAUCUGGCACCUUAUUGCUUAUACAAGAGAAAACUUCCUUUGGCAAUAGAUGCAGAGAUAAUCUACAAGCAGAAAUAUCAAGGAAAACACCAUUUAUUAGCAACUGAUGGCAUGGAGUUGUGCUGGGACGCUUCUCCAAAAGGGAAACCUACUUCAAAGGAGUUCAAUAGAGGUUCAUUUUCACCCUGCAAAUGGGAUGCCAACCAGAUGUGGGAGUUGAACAACAAUGGCACCCUUUUAAACAGUCAUUCUGGUCUAUGUGCAACUGUGAAUGCGGUGCAAGAUGAUGCUGUUUCUGGUGGAAUUCGUUCUUGGAUUGCAACUGGAAGAAGAGGAGAAAUAUAUCUUGCCUUUUUCAAUCUAAACCCAGAAAAGACCACAAUAUCUGCAAGCAUAUCAGAUCUGGCUAAGGCGCUCCCGGGCAGAAAUUUGAAGGUGGGUUCAUGUAAGGGCAGUGAAGUAUGGAGUGGAAAGGACUUGGGAAUAAUAGGAGGGUCAGUAUCAAUGACGGUAGAAAUGCAUGGCUGUGCACUAUUUGUUUUGAAGUGCAUCAGUUCCAGCUAAAUCAUUUUUUUUGUCCCUUCUCUUGUCUUUUAUUAACCCUGAUUUCAAAUGGGGAGUAAUAUUAUCUUAUCAAUAUGCAGUCGCUUUUCAAAGAA